AUGCGCUUCUCCAAGCUUUCACUUGGAGUUCUCCUUUUGGUCUCGGACUGCAUCGCGGGCAUUUGCAAGAAUCCCCCGAUACGCAAAGAAUGGAGACAACUAGAUCUAGAUGAGCGUCGUGACUAUAUUGGCGCAGUCCAUUGUCUGGCGUCUCGCCCGGCGAUAAGUGGUCUUGAGAAUGCUGUCACGCAUUUUGAUGAUUUCCAGGCUACUCAUAGUGAUCAGACUCCGAGCAUACACUGGGGUCAUUUCGCGCUCUGGCAUCGAUACUUUGUCGCGACUUACGAAAAGGCCCUGCGAGAACAGUGCGGGUAUAAAGGCGCACAACCAUAUUGGAACUGGUCCCUGGACGCCUCCUCAACGAACAACCUUUCAAUGACAAUCUUUGAAUCAGAUGUCUUUUCCGCAGACCGCGGAUUCGGCGGAAAUGGAAAAUACCUCCACGUAAAUGCCACCCAGAACCCAUUCAAUCUAACUGGCCGAACAGGCGGCGGAUGCGUCGAAGAUGGCCCUUUCACACCGCCACACUUCCUGCUCGCUGUCGGACAUCCAAAGGGCCAACCAGAUUGUCUGCGGAGAGACUGGAUCCCCUGGAUCAUGAACUACUUUGCACAGCAGAGUCUUGUAGACCACGUCCUUGCGCAGCCACAUUAUACUUCUUUUGCCCGGGUGCUCGAGAAUAUUCCUAGUUUUUCUGAGCCCAAUAUUCAUGGCAGUGGCCAUUUUGGGGUUGGGGGUGCUCUUGGGACUUUAGGUAAUUCGGCUUUGAGCCCUGGAGAUCCUCUCUUCUUUCUUCAUCAUGGUAAUCUUGAUCGUGUCUUUUGGGAAUGGCAAAAUAAGGACCUCCCUGCUCGCUUGCACCAGGUUGGUGGUCCUAUUAUGCCGUUUGAUUAUGGUGGAAAGAAUAUUACUCUGGAAUUCGAGGUCAAUAUUGGCAGACUUGCACCACAUACUGCGGUUGGAAAUUUGCUUAAUACCCAGGGCGGUACUUUGUGCUACACUUAUUCGAACUAA